GCUGGACAGCGGAACGGAGAGACCGACGCGUGAUUCUUCUUUGUACUCAACCAGGAGAGUUGAGGCCGGCUCUUCCUCCGCUGUCUUCUCCUUUUUUUAACAGAAGCGGGGAGGCUGAAUGCUGGAAAUAUCCCGAUAAGCCGGCUACCCUUCCACUUCACCCGCGGCAGUCGGUCUCUCUUGUUUUGUGGAAGCGGACAUCCCGGGUCAAUGUCCUUUUGAGCCGUUUUGGACAACAAAAGGUCCGACGACCGUUCUUUUUUCUUUCUUUUUUUUCUUACCAGGGGAGGGAUUUCACAUCAGACACAUAAUUUCUUUUAGGAGCAACACAUCGCUACAUUUCCACACCUCCAUACAGGGGGAUCCGUUAAGAAAAAAAAAAAGACACACGCCCACAAAACCAAGCGACAAUGGCAGCUGUAACGAGCCCGGAGACGAGCCCUCAGCCCCGGGUGUAUUUCCAGACGCCGGCCGGCACCACGGAGGAACCGGAGACCCCCGUCAGGAAGCAGGGACGGGUUACCGUCAAAUACGACCGCAAGGAGCUGCGGAAGAGACUGAACCUGGAGGAGUGGAUCAUCGACCAGCUAACGGACCUCUACGACUGCGAGGAGGAGGCCAUCCCAGAGCUGGAGAUCGAUGUGGAUGAACUGCUGGACAUGCCCAGUGACGUUGAGCGAGCAGCCAGAGUCAAGGACUUGCUGGUUGACUGUUUUAAACCCACUGAGGACUUCGUCUCAGAGCUGCUUGACAAGAUCAGAGGAAUGCAGAAGCUCUCUACGCCUCAGAAGAAAUAAUGGCAUCCCUCCUUUUUCCCCCACAUGUUCCCGUCCUCUCCGGCCCUCACGUCUUGACUUCCUUCCACGCCCAACGUUUAUCUUUUAAUGUCUUCUGCUUCCAUAGAAGGUCAUUAAAUGCAUCGUUUCUGCUUAGAAUUUGACCACCUGACUUCACCCCCGGCUAUCUUGGUCACUUUUCUUCAUAUUUUUUUUUUUUGGGUGUACUUUGGACCACUCGAACUUCUUUCAUCCGUGGAAAUAAAUAAUCUGCAAGCCAACUUGUCUGUCGUAAUCCAGGCACUCUCCUUCCCUAUUGUUUCGCCUCCUGCCGUUAUUGGCUCUCUCCUUGCUAAUCUCUCUCCUCUUCCUCCCACUUUCCCAUCUGCCUGAGGAGGAACAGAGUCCCAUAAUUACUGUAAAAGCGGGGUGGGCUUGGAGUGGGAAGGAGAACACGUAAAAUACCAGCCAACCGCCACAAGAAAUGGAGUCAAAACCGAGGAUGAAGAAGGAUCCACCAGCGUGAAUAUGUGAAUAUUUUAACUUGUUUUUAAUUGUCCCUGACACCAUUCAGAGAUUUGUUACCUAUUCCCGGUUCUGUUUGAGGGCAUGGAGAUCAUCGCUUUAUUUUAACUUUUUAUAGUAAUCUUUUUGGGGCAAUUUUGCCGCCUAAACACUGGCAUUAGUGCAAUGCUGCAUUAAGACAUUUUCAGAGUCUCUUAAAGGGCAUAUACCAUCAUUUUUGCAACUUCUCCUGUGUUCAGGAUCAUAGCUCACAAUAGUUACAAUUAUUUCAAGUCUAAAAUUGAGAAUUAUGUAUUAAAAAAUCAAAUGGAAAGCAGCCGGAAGUGGCUGAAGAGUGAUGGGGUUACUUCUGGACCGCUAAACUUGGUUAUAAGACAAUAACACGAUGAAUAUCAAGGAUAAGAUCAGUGAUGCCAAAGUCUAAAGGCUCAAAUUUGGGUUCAAAAAGGGAGAAUUUAUAUGGAUGUUUUUUCACUGAGAGGGAUGAAAUCAAGAGAAAUGGCUGUAGCUUGGAAAUCUAACAAACCAGCAAACUAGUGGGAUUUAAAAACUCUAUCAGGAAGUCUUCCUGCAAUUCACCCCAGUGGAGAAUGGCAGCUUGGGAGCAAACUGUAACUCAAAACUUUUAACAUUAAGGCAGGUUAAAGGUGCAGGUUACUGCAGACUAAAAAGUAAAAGUAAUGCAUUUUCCUACCCGAUCCACAUUAUGCUUACAAACAAACGUCACCGGGGUCUGCCUGUUGACUCCCUGCUUGAGCCAUUCUUUUUAACCGUGGCAUGAACUGUCAUGUUCCUUUAGUUUUUGGUUGUUGUUUUGUCCGCUUUAAUCCAAAUUCCAGUUAUUUGUUUUAAGCCUAGGACAAAAAAUGUGAAAAUCUCUCCUUCUUACCUGUGUUUGCAGGUAAGGAGCUAAAAUGCUCAGUGUCCUUUUUCUGUGUCGUCCAUGCAUUGGACACAUAUUUCUUAAAAGGGUGCUUAUUGUUAAGAAAAGUACCAUGAGAGAUUUCCAGACGCUACGGCAUCCUCCAUAUAUGGCAGUGCCUUCCUGUUUUAGUAGGUGUGACUCAAUAAGGGUUCUUUUGUUUUCAGAGAAGCACAUUUCAGAAUUUGUUAUCCACUUUGAAAAUUAGUGGAAAGACUGAGAUUGCGUUUGUGUGCGUCAUACGCUCAGGACGUCUAGGCUUUCUGGGUCGGAAAUAUGAUGAUAUAUGCCCUUUUUUUAAAUAAAAACCUGCAUUGUGUCAUUUUCGGUGGAAGAAAACCUGAAGCUCUGACCACGAAGCGUCGCUUAAAUCUGACCUUAGUUCAGCGAAGAGGAAACUUUGAUGCCUGAAAAUAACGGUUGAACCUUUUAGGAAGUUUUUAGACCGUCAAAUAAACGUUUGUUUGGUUUGAAGCUAAAGCAGAAGUGGAUUUUUUUAUUUUUUUUUAUUUUUUAAUUAGGCUGAAUGUGAACAUUUGUUCCUCAGUCUAGCCUGCACAUACACAUAUAUGUCUGUGUUGUUGUUAGUGUAUGUUGCUACCUAAUGUACAGCAACAUCUGUCAUAGUAUGGAGUGUUUUUUGGGCCUGUAUAUUCUGCUGUUAUGUAGGACAGAUUUUCCUGAGGAGUUUUGUUUUUGUAUAGGACUGGUUCCUGUUCUUAUUUCUUGUCAUACACACACACUGAUAGUCAUAAAGGGGAACCCUGUAAAAAGCUGCCUUUUUAAAGUCACCCCACCCCCAAC